CUUGCUUUUACGAGAGAUGGACUCUGUGGUCUGUGGAAUGAAAUGGUCAAAGAUGGGGAAAUCGUAUACACUGGAAUAGAAGUUAUCCAAAGUGGUGAAGCAUCUCCACGAAAAGAUGAAAGCACUGAAGGUCAGACUGGAUCAAAGAAAGAAGAUCAAAAUGACAAAGAGAGGAAAGAUGAAGAUGAUACACCACUGCCUACCUAUAGAGCCAAAUCAAUUGUUGAGAGUUGGAUUUGGGGAAAACAACCAGAUGCGAAUGAGCUGAAAGAGUGCCUUUAUGUACUUGUAAAGGAGCAGCAGGUCCUAGCCAAGAAGACUGCCACCACAACUCUCUCUGCUCUCAGGCUAAAACAGAGGCUUGCUAUAUUAGAACGCUAUUUUAUCGCAUUGAAUAGGAGUGUUCUUCUGGAGAAUGUCAAGGUUAAGAGGAAAAGCAGCAAUAUCCCAUUGCCCAUGGUGGAUAAGAAAAGUCCUAGAUCUGUAAGCAAAGGUGUUGAAGGUCUUGCCCGAGUAGGAUCCAGAGCGGCCCUUUCUUUCGCAUUUGCAUUCCUACGGCGAGCUUGGAGAUCAGGUGAGGAUGCAGAUCUUUGCAGUGAAUUGUUACAAGAGUCCCUAGAUGCCCUACGAGCCCUAUCAGAAGCAUCCCUGUUUGAUGAAGGAACAGUAUCCUCUGUAUGGUUGGAGGUUGUGGAGAGAGCAACUAAAUUUCUAAGAGACAUCCAUGGAGCUCCAGGUUUAAAAGGAUCAGGAAGCAUUCCACUGCAAGACCAGCACUUAGCACUUGCUAUAUUACUGGAAUUGGCUGUUCAGAGAGGCACACUUAGCCAAAUGUUGUCUGCUGUGAUACUGUUGCUUCAACUCUGGGAUAGUGGUACAAGAGAAACAGAUAAUGAACGCUCAGCACAGGGAACCAGUGCCCCACUCCUUCCUUUGUUGCAGAGAUUUCAGAGUAUAAUUUGUAACAAAGAGAUGAACAAUACCGAAGAGGAAAUUCAGAUGUUGGCUUAUCCACUAAGUCCAAAUGAAAACUUCCUAAGGUACCUAAUACUGCCACAGGACAAUGAGCUAGCAAUUGAUUUAAGGCAAACAGCGGUUGUGGUUAUGGCUCACUUGGAUCGCCUGGCCACUCCCUGCAUGCCUCCUCAGUGUAGCUCUCCGACAUCUCACAAGGCUUCUUUGCAGGAGUUUAUAGCAUGGGGAUUAAUAGGAUGGAAAUAUUACGCUAAUGUCAGUGGUCCAAUUCAGUGUGAAGGACUUGCCAAUCUUGGAGUUAUACAGAUUGCUUGUGCAGAGAAGCGUUUUCUGAUCUUGUCCAAAAAUGGGCGUGUUUAUACACAAGCCUACAAUAGUGACACAUUGACCCCACAACUUGUACAGAGCCUUGCUUCUAGAAAUAUUGUUAAGAUUGCGGCACACUCAGAUGGACACCACUAUCUGGCUUUGGCUGCAACUGGAGAAGUCUUCUCUUGGGGUUGUGGAGAUGGUGGGCGACUGGGCCAUGGAGAUACUGUGCCUUUAGAAGAACCAAAGAUGAUUUCUGCUCUUUCUGGGAAGCAGGCUGGAAAACAUGUUGUACAUAUCGCCUGUGGAGGCACCUAUAGUGCUGCAGUAACAGCUGAUGGAGAAUUGUACACAUGGGGCCGAGGAAACUAUGGCAGACUGGGUCAUGGUUCCAGUGAAGACCAGACAAUCCCAGUGUUGGUUACUGGCCUGAAAGGAUUGAAAGUGAUUGAUGUAUCCUGUGGGAGCAGUGAUGCCCAGACUCUUGCUGUAACUGAAAAUGGUCAAGUAUGGUCUUGGGGAGAUGGAGAUUAUGGGAAAUUAGGAAGAGGUGGCAGUGAUGGCUGCAAAACUCCCAAGCUGAUUGAAAAACUUCAGGACUUGGAUGUUGUUAAAGUACGCUGUGGCAGUCAGUUCUCACUUGCCCUAACAAAAGAUGGACAGGUAUACUCCUGGGGAAAGGGAGACAAUCAGAGGCUUGGGCAUGGAACAGAAGAACAUGUUCGUUAUCCCAAACUGCUGGAAGGCUUGCAAGGAAAAAAAGUUAUAGAUGUAGUAGCUGGUUCUACUCACUGUUUAGCCCUCACAGAAGAUAGUGAGGUCUAUAGCUGGGGAAGCAAUGAUCAGUGCCAGCAUUUUGACACUUUGAGGAUUACUAAACCAGAGCCAACUGCUCUUCCUGGAUUAGAUUCAAAGCACAUUGUUGGUAUUGCCUGUGGACCAGCCCAGAGCUUUGCCUGGUCAUCUUGUUCAGAAUGGUCAAUUGGUUUACGUGUACCCUUUGUGGUAGAUGUUUGCUCAAUGACAUUUGAACAACUGGAUCUCUUACUGAGACAAGUUACAGAAGGAAUGGAUGGCACUUCUGACUGGCCACCUCCACAGGAGAAAGAAUGUAUGGCUGUGGCUACUUUGAAUCUUCUAAGGCUGCAGCUUCAUGCUGCAAUUAGUCACCAAGUCGACCCUGAAUGCCUUGGUUUGGGAUUGGGCAGUGUCUUGCUCAACAGCCUGAAGCAGACGGUAGUGACUUUAGCAAGUAAUGCUGGUGUGCUUAAUACUGUACAGUCAGCAGCCCAAGCAGUGUUGCAAAGUGGGUGGUCGGUGUUGCUACCAACUGCAGAGGAACGCGCAAGAGCUCUUUCGGCACUUUUACCCAGUGCAGUUUCAGGGAAUGAAACAAAUGUGAGUCCAGGUCGUAGAUUUAUGAUUGAUCUGCUGGUUGGAAGUUUGAUGGCUGAUGGGGGUCUAGAAUCUGCACUGAAUGCUGCUAUUACUGCAGAAAUUCAGGAUAUUGAGGCAAAAAAAGAAGCUCAGAAAGAAAAGGAAAUCGAUGAGCAGGAAGCAAAUGCAUCAUCACUUCACAGAAACAAGACACCGUUAGAUAAAGACCUCAUUAAUACUGGGAUCUAUGAAUCUGCAGGAAAGCAAAGCUUGCCUUUGGUUCAGUUAAUUCAGCAGUUAUUGAGGAACAUUGCUUCACAAACAAUUGCUAAAUUGAAAGAUGUGGCUCGUCCUAUUUCUUCUUGUUUAGACCAUGAACAUUACAAUAAAGAAAGGUCUGCUUCUUUGGACUUACUGCUGCGUUUUCAGCGCUUACUUGUUAGUAAGUUAUAUCCAGGAGAUCAUGUUGGACAGGUCCCUAAUACAUACAGUCCUGAGCUUCUAGGAGUUGGUUCUCUGCUGAAGAAAUACACAGCCCUUCUGUGUACACACGUUGGGGAUAUUUUGCCUGUAGCAACUAGCAUUGCUUCUACUAGCCAUAGGCAUUUUGCAGAAGUAUCUCGUGUUGUAGAUGGCGACUUAACAGGUGUUCUCCUUCCAGAGUUAGUGGUAUCUGUAGUACUCCUUCUCAGUAAAAAUGCUGGGCUUAUUCAGGAAGCUGGAGCGAUUCCUUUAUUGGCUGGCUUAUUAGAACACCUGGACAGAUUUAGCCAUUUGGCUCCUGGUAAAGAGAGAGAUGACAAUGAAGACUUAGCUUGGCCUGGAAUAAUGGGUACAUUCUUUACAGGACAGAAUUGCAGAAAUAAUGAGGAAGUGACACUUAUACGAAAAGCUGACUUGGAGAACCACAAUAAAGAUGGUGGCUUUUGGACAGUGAUUGAUGGCAAAGUGUAUGAUAUAAAAGAUUUCCAAACCCAGUCAUUAACAGGGAGUGGUAUACUUGCCCAGUUUGCAGGAGAAGAUCCAGUUGUUGCUCUGGAGGCAGCUUUGCAGUUUGAGGAUACAAGAGAAUCAAUGCAUGCCUUCUGUGUUGGCCAAUAUAUGGAGCCUGAUCAGGAGGUGAUCACAACACCAGAUACUGGCAGUCUCUCAUCACCCCUCAUAGACACUGAAAGAAAUUUAGGCCUGCUUCUUGGACUACAUGCUUCCUAUCUAGCAAUGAGUACACCACUUUCUCCAGUGGAGAUUGAAUGCGCCAAAUGGUUGAAGUCUUCUAUUUUUUCUGGAGGCUUGCAAACUAGUCAGAUACAUUAUAGUUAUAAUGAAGAAAAGGAUGAAGACCACUGUAGCUCUCCUGGUAACACCACACCAAACAAAUCAAAACUGUAUUCCCAUCGACUAACUUUGAGUGAUCACUCACAGCCUUUUCUGCAAGCUAUUGCAGACAACAAUAUUCAGGAUCACACUGUGAAGGACUUCCUAUGUCAAGUCGAGAGGUACUGCAAACAGUGUCACCUGACAACGCCAAUUACAUUCCCUCCUGAGCACCCAGUGGAAGAAGUAGGACGUCUGCUGUUAUGUUGCCUUCUAAAGCACGAGGAUUUAGGUCAUGUAGCACUUUCUCUUGUUCAUCCUGUUAUGCUUGGAGUUGACCAAGUUAAACACCGAACACUUCCAAAAUCUGUAGCAGAUGUUUGUCGUGUUGUCUAUCAAGCAAAAUGUUCACUGAUCAAAACUCAUCAAGAACAAGGAAGAUCUUACAAAGAAGUUUGUGCUCCUGUUAUUGAACGUUUGAGAUUUCUCUUCAAUGAACUGCGUCCAGCAGUAUGCAAUGAUCUCUCCAUCAUGUCCAAGCUUAAAAGUCUUAGUUCUUUGCCCCAAUGGAGAAGGGUCGUUCAGAAGAUAAUUAGAGAUAAGAGAAAAAAGAGAGCUCCUAAAAAAUUGGAAUCUUCUGAUGUUGAAGGAUCCAAAAUUGGAAAUGAGGAAAGUGAUUUGGGAGAGUCAUGUGUGAUACCUCACAGUCCAGUGACAGCUGAUAAAAGGCCCUUGUCUGUCAAAUCACCUAAGGAUAAAUGGCAGCCACUGAUAAAUACAGUCACAGGUGUUCACAAAUACAAAUGGCUUAAGCAAAACGUCCAAGGUUUAUAUCCCCAGUCUGCUUUACUGAACACCAUAGUUGAAUUUGCUUUAAAAGAAGAACCGGUUGAUGUAGAAAAAAUGAGGAAGUGCUUACUGAAGCAGCUAGAGCGAGCUGAAGUUCGAUUAGAGGGGAUUGAUACAAUUCUAAAGUUGGCCGCCAAAAACUUCUUGCUGCCUUCUGUGCAAUAUGCUAUGUUCUGUGGAUGGCAAAGACUUAUUCCAGAAGGAAUUAAUAUAGGAGAACCUUUAACAGACUGCUUAAAGGAUGUUGAUCUGAUUCCGCCCUUCAACCGUAUGCUCCUGGAAGUUACCUUUGGGAAGCUGUAUUCAUGGGCUGUUCAAAAUGUUAGAAACAUCUUGCUUGAUGCUAAUAGCAGAUUUAAAGAAUUAGGGAUCCAGCCUGUUCCUCUGCAGACUAUAACCAAUGAGAAUCCUGCAGGACCAAGUCUUGGAACUAUCCCACAAGCACGUUUCUUACUGGUCAUGCUUAACAUGUUAACUUUACAACAUGGUGCAAAUACCUUGAAUCUUCUUCUCAAUACUGGCAUGUUGGCAUUAAUGCAGACCACACUGAGGCUGAUAGGGCCUAGCUCUGAUAAUGUGGAAGAAGAUAUGAUUGCUGCAUCCCGGGGUGCUUCUGCUACAGUCCUAGAAGAAUCCAGGAAGGAGAGCACUCCAGUUCAGCUUCCUGUUUCAGGACCAGAAUUGGCAGCCAUGAUGAAGAUUGGUACUAGAGUGAUGAGAGGAGUAGACUGGAAGUGGGGUGACCAGGAUGGGCCUCCUCCAGGUUUGGGACGGGUAAUUGGAGAAUUGGGUGAAGAUGGCUGGAUUCGAGUACAGUGGGACACUGGCAGUACCAAUUCUUAUCGGAUGGGAAAAGAGGGGAAGUACGAUCUCAAGCUAGCUGAACCUCCUCCUGCUUCACAACCUGCAAUUGAAGAUUCUGACACUGAGGAUGAUUCUGAAGGAGAACAUGCUGAAAGAAAUCUCCAUCCUACUUCCAUGAUGCUGACCAGCACAGUGAAUCUUCUGCAAACUCUCUGCCUUUCUGCUGGCCUUCACGCUGAAGUAAUGCAGAAUGAAGCAACAAGAACUUUGUGUGGAUUGCUCCGUAUGCUGGUAGAAAGUGGCACGACAGAGAAAACAUCCUCCUUGCCAAAUACAUUAGUUAACAAAGAGCAGCACCGGAGCUGGUGUACAUUGGGAUUCAUCCGAAGUAUAGCACUAAUGCCUCAAAUGUGCAGCACUCUUAGUACGUCACAGUGGAUAACGCUGCUAAUGAAAAUUGUAGAGGGACAUGAUUCAUUCACUGCUGCAUCUCUCCAACGACAGAUCCUUGCCGUGCAUUUAUUACAAGCAGUACUUCCUUCUUGGGAUAAAACAGAAAGGUCACGGGAUAUGAAAUUCCUCGUGGAAAAAUUGUUUGGGUUUUUGGGUUGCUUGCUUACUACCUGCUCUUCAGAUAUCCCACUGCUCAGAGAAUCUACUCUGAGGAGGAGGAAAGCCAGGCCUCAGGCCUCUCUGACUGCAACUCACAGCAGUACCUUAGCUGAAGAGAUUGUUGCUCUGUUGAGGACCUUGCAUUCAUUGAGCCAGUGGAAUGGACUCAUAAACAAGUAUAUCAACUCUCAGCUAACCUCCAUCACCCACAUCUUUGCAGGAAAAGAGUCAGAAGGGGCUGCUUUGGAAGGCUGUUUCCCUGAUUCUGAGACUCCAGAAGUGGGAGGCCUGAUGGCAGUUUUGGCAGUUAUUGGUGGAAUAGACAGUCGGUUGCGGUUAGGCGGCCAAGUAGUUCAUGACGAAUUUGGAGAAGGCACAGUGACAAGAAUUACUCCAAAAGGGAAAAUCACAGUGCAGUUUUAUGACAUGAGAACCUGCAGAGUUUGUCCUUUCAGUCAGCUAAAACCAGUCCCUGUGAUUCCAUUUAAUGUGAAUAACUUGCCCUUCACUGAACCCAUGCUUUCUGUCUGGGCCCAGUUGGUAAAUCUGGCUGGAAGCAAAGUUGAAAAACACAGAAUGAAAACUCCCAACCAGGGCCUUUCUGGACAAAUAGACUUGGAUCUGUUGAGAUGCCAGCAAUUAAAACUAUACAUAUUAAAAGCAGGCCGAGCUCUGCUUUCUUACCAGGAUAAAUUAAGGCAGAUCUUAUCUCAACCAGCGGUACAAGAUGCUGGCACAGUUCCCACAGAUGAUGGUGCAGUGGCAUCACCUGAGGUGGGAGACAUGUCUCCCGAAGGGCCUCAGCCUCCCAUGAUCCUCUUGCAGCAACUGUUGACGGCAGCAACACAGCCAUCUCCAGUAAAAGCAAUAUUUGAUAAACAAGAGCUUGAGGCUGCUGCACUGGCUGUAUGUCAAUAUCUGGCCGUAGAAUCUGCGCAUCCUUCAACUCCAGUCUUUGAAGAAUGUAGCUCCAGUGAAGCUACAACACCUGUUACAGUCCAGCAUAUCAGACCUGCAAAAGUAAAAAAAUGCAAAGUAUCUCCUAUUCCACCACUCCCAAUUGUUGUACAGCUUAUGGAAAUGGGAUUCCCUAGAAAGAAUAUUGAGUUUGCAUUGAAAUCACUGUCAGGAACCUCUGGAAGUGCUUCUGGAUUACCAGGGGUAGAAGCCUUGGUGGGCUGGCUUUUGGAUCAUCCUGAUGUUCAAAUUACCGAUUUCUCAGAUGGUGACACUAUAUCUGAUGAAUAUUCAGACGAUGAAGUGUCAGAAGAAGUAGAAGAAGCAGAAGCUGCAUAUCCAGUGUCUGCUGUUGUAACAGAAAGCCAGACAUAUAAGAAAAGAGCUGAUUUCCUAAGUAAUGAUGAUUAUGCAGUAUACGUCCGGGAGAAUAUUCAGGUGGGGAUGAUGGUUCGAUGUUGCAGAACAUAUGAGGAAGUUUGUGAGGGAGAUGUGGGUAAAGUUAUAAAAUUGGAUCGUGAUGGGUUGCAUGAUCUCAACGUGCAGUGUGACUGGCAACAAAAAGGUGGCACGUACUGGGUCAGAUAUAUCCACGUUGAACUGAUAGGAUUCCCACCACAAAGCUCUCCGUCACACAUAAAGAUUGGUGAUAAAGUUCGUGUAAAAACUUCUGUAAUGACGCCCAAAUACAAAUGGGGAUCUGUUACCCACAGAAGUGUGGGUGUAGUGAAAGCUUUUAGUGCCAAUGGUAAAGAUGUUAUUGUUGACUUCCCUCAACAAUCUCAUUGGACUGGAUUAUUGUCAGAAAUGGAACUAGUUCCCAGUAUCCACCCAGGUGUUACGUGUGAUGGCUGUCAGAUGUUCCCUAUUAAUGGACCUAGAUUUAAAUGCAGAAACUGUGAUGAUUUCGAUUUCUGUGAAACCUGCUUCAAAAGUAGGAAACAUAACACAAGACACACUUUCGGCAGAAUAAAUGAACCAGGUCAGUCUCCAGUAUUUUGUGGUCGCUCUGGAAAGCAGUUAAAAAGACGUCAUAGUAGCCAGCGAGGCAUGCUGCUUGAUGACUGGUCCAGAAUUGUUAAAAAUUUGAAUGUGUCAUCUUCUGUGAAUCAAGCUUCACGGUUGAUUGAUGGAAGUGAACAGUGUUGGCAGUCUUCUGGCUCCCAAGGAAAGCAUUGGAUACGCUUGGAAAUUUUUCCUGAUGUCCUGGUACACAGACUGAAGAUGAUAGUGGACCCUGCAGACAGCAGUUACAUGCCUUCUUUAGUUGUGGUCUCAGGUGGCAGUUCUUUAAAUAACCUCAUAGAGUUGAAGACUAUCAAUAUUAAUCCUACAGAUACAACAGUUCCACUUCUUGGUGAUUGCACAGAAUAUCACAGGUAUAUUGAGGUGGCUAUUAAGCAGUGCAGGAGUUCUGGUAUCGAUUGCAAAAUACAUGGCCUGAGUAUACUAGGACGUAUCCGAGCAGAGGAUGAAGACUUAGCUGCAGUUCCUUUUCUUGCUUCUGAUAAUGAAGAAGAAGAUGAUGAUAAAGCAAACACUGGGAGUCUUGUUAGAAAGAAGACUACAGGCCUAGAAUCUGCAGCUUCAAUUAGGACCAAAGUCUUUGUCUGGGGCCUAAAUGAUAAAGAUCAGCUGGGAGGAUUGAAAGGUUCUAAGAUCAAAGUGCCUUCUUUUUCUGAAACUCUGUCUGCUUUGAAUGUGGUGCAAGUAGCGGGCGGUUCUAAAAGUCUUUUUGCAGUGACCGUGGAAGGUAAAGUGUAUGCCUGUGGAGAGGCCACGAAUGGAAGGCUUGGAUUAGGCCUCUCAAGUGGAACAGUUCCUAUUCCCCGACAGAUUACUGCUCUCAGUAACUAUGUAGUCAAGAAAGUAGCUGUUCACUCAGGUGGUCGCCAUGCUAUGGCUUUAACUGUUGAUGGCAAGAUAUUCUCCUGGGGAGAAGGAGAUGAUGGGAAACUUGGACACUUCAGUAGAAUGAACUGUGAUAAACCAAGACUGAUAGAAGCAUUGAAAACAAAACGUAUCCGAGAUAUUGCCUGUGGCAGUUCUCAUAGUGCUGCUAUUACUUCAAGUGGAGAAUUAUAUACAUGGGGGCUUGGUGAAUAUGGUCGACUAGGACAUGGGGACAAUACUACACAACUUAAACCAAAGAUGGUUAAGGUGCUUCUUGGCCAUAGGGUCGUUCAAGUUGCUUGUGGAAGCAGAGAUGCUCAGACUCUGGCUUUAACAGAUGAGGGUCUAGUAUUUUCCUGGGGAGAUGGAGAUUUUGGAAAACUGGGUCGAGGAGGAAGUGAAGGAUGCAACAUUCCUCAGAACAUUGAACGGCUGAAUGGACAGGGAGUUUGCCAGAUUGAAUGUGGAGCUCAGUUCUCUUUAGCUCUUACGAAGUCUGGGGUAGUGUGGACAUGGGGCAAAGGAGACUACUUCAGGCUAGGACAUGGUACUGAUGUUCAUGUACGAAAACCCCAAGUAGUAGAAGGUCUGAGAGGAAAGAAGAUAGUACAUGUAGCUGUGGGUGCUCUUCAUUGCUUAGCCGUCACAGACACUGGGCAGGUAUAUGCUUGGGGUGAUAAUGACCAUGGACAGCAAGGCAAUGGGACUACCACAGUCAACAGAAAGCCCACUCUGGUGCAGGGUUUAGAAGGCCAGAAAAUAACCCGUGUUGCAUGUGGAUCUUCCCAUAGUGUGGCUUGGACAACAAUGGAUGUUGCUACACCCUCCGUUCAUGAGCCAGUUCUCUUUCAAACAGCAAGAGAUCCUUUAGGCGCAUCUUAUUUAGGUGUUCCAUCAGAUGCUGAUUCUUCUGCUUCUAGUAAUAAAAUCAAUGGUAUAAACAGCUCUAAAUCUAACCGACCUUCACUUGCUAAGAUCCUUUUGUCAUUAGAUGGAAAUCUUGCCAAGCAGCAGUCAUUAUCUCAUAUACUGACAGCAUUACAGAUCAUGUAUGCUAGAGAUGCAGUGGUUGGAGCACUGAUGCCUGCAAGUAUGAUUGCACCAGUGGAGUGUUUGUCCUCAUCUCCUGCACCCCCUCCAGACCUUGCUUCCAUAGGCAGUGCUCCUAGUAUGGAUGAAAGCAUGAUCGGAAUUGAUGCAGAGGAGAGACAGAGCCCAACACCUUGGCAAGACAGGAGGGCAGAG